AUGCCAGUGACCGAAUCCAGCGACGACGCCAUUGUACAGGGCACCAGCAAUGAUGCUGCUGUCAGCCGUGAGUCGGCGGCACGUCUUGGCUACAUGGCCGACCGGUAUAUCCACAACUUUGUCCGGCAGCCGCAACGCCGGCCGCCCUUGAUCAACCGCGGGACGUACUGCCGAUUCCACGGCAUCCAGAGCGCCCUCCGCCAGUUCACAGAGUCAGAAGCCGAGCCCAAGCAGGUGGUCGUGCUGGGCGCUGGCCUCGACACGGCGUAUUUCAUCCUGAAAUCCGAGGGUCUGCUGAACAAUGUGCGGUAUUUUGAAACAGACUUUGAGGAGAUCACAGCCAAGAAGGCAUCGACAGUGUACCGUAAGCGCGAGCUCAAGGCGCUGCUGCCACCUGACAUCAAAGUUGCGCGCGGCGGGGCCGAGCUGCACUCGCCGUCGUAUAAUCUGCUCGCCGGCGAUCUGCGGGCAUUCGAAGCCCAGGUGGUGCCGAAGCUGAUGGAGCGCGGAUUCCAGACUGAUGUGCCGACACUGUUUAUCAGCGAAUGUGUGCUGAUUUACCUGGACCCAAAGUACUCGGACCGCAUCCUGGACUGGGCCACAGACAAUGUGCUGAACUGCGGUAUCAUCACGUACGAGCAGAUCCUUCCUGGCGACCGGUUCGGCAAGAUGAUGAUUGAGAAUUUGCGGGCGCGCGGGCUGGAGCUGCGCGGGCUGCAUGCCCACCCGACACUGGAGAGCAUGGAGAAGAGAUUUAGCGGGCGUGGGUGGCAGUUUUCCAAGGCAGUGGAUCUAGUCGACUACCACGACCAGUGCGUUGAAAAGAACGAGCUGGACAGGAUUGCGCGCAUCGAGUUCCUGGACGAAUGGGAGGAGUUUACGCUGCUGGCCCAGCACUAUGCCUUCACAUUUGCCUACCGCACCAGUUCGCUGCCAUUCUCCGCCAUGCAUAUCGUCUAG